AUGGCCGCGCAAAAUUACCAACUUCCGACGCAGGAUGUUUCAUGGUUAACACGUGAUCAACUUCUCUUCGCCGUCAGUAUUGGCAUAGGCGUUGAUGAGCUUAACUUCGUUUUCGAGCAAAAUGGUAUCUUCGAGGCCUUUCCGACAUAUCCUACCAUUUUGCCGUUCAAGUUGACUGAUCAAGAAAUUGUGGAUUUUGGCGCUCGCUUCCAGCCACCCACUAUCCCCGGGGCUCCGACUUUCCGAUCCGUCAACAUCGUUGAUGGCGGCAGAACUAUCACAUUCUACCGGCCGAUUCCUUCUUCAUCCGCGAAUCAACAGUUUCAGCUUAAGAAUAGAAUUCUUGGAGUGUAUGAUCGAGGAGUGUUGGUAGCGUCAUCGAAGACGAGAAGAUCCUCGUCGAUGCCGAGACCGGGCAAGAGUCCUCUGCUGCCAAGUUAUCCGCCUCCAAAGGACAAGGCACCCGACGCUCAACAUAUGUACGAAGUUCCUACCAACGCGGCGUUGAUAUAUCGACUGAACGGAGACUAUAACCGGCUUCAUGUGACGCGGGAGCCCGGAAAAUCACUGGGUUUCGGCGGCCCUGUCAUGCAUGGCUUAUAUACCUAUAACUGUGCCGCACAUGCAGUGUUGAAAGAGGUUGGAGCGAGUAGGCCGGCCAACCUGCGGGAACUCUCAGCCCGUUUCUCCUCGCCGGUGCGACUGGGAGACGUCUUAGUGACCAAAAUCUGGAAACUAGGGACGUUUCAGGAUGAGUAUGAGGAAAUUCGGUUUGUUACUUAUGUCAAGGGGAAAGCUGUUCUAACUAAUGGGAGGGCACUGGUCCGCCCGUCCUCCUCUCCACAUGGUAAGUUUUGA